UUUGCUAUGGGAUUAGAGCAGGACAGUCUUUAGGGUCCUUUGACCGUGGAGCAUUUCCUGGAGAUGAGAGCCCUGCUGAGAUCUGGAGGAGAACCUGCCCUCUUCCUUGAGCAGAACACGGUACAAGCACGUGAAGGUAGUUGGAGUCCCCUAGGAAUGGAUAAAUUCGUCAUUCGAACACCCAGAAUCCAGAAUAGUCCUCAGAAGAAAGAUCCUGGAGGAAAGAUUUACAAGCAGGCCACCAUUGAAUCUCUGAAGAGAGUUGUGGUUAUAGAAGACAUAAAAAGAUGGAAAACUAUGUUGGAGCUUCCUGAUCAAAGCAAAGAGAAUCUAGUUAAAGUCUUACGAGAAUUAAAGAAGAAAAUACCUUCCAGAGAAGUGUUAAAGUCAACAAAGAUAGGUCAUGCUGUGAACAAGAUGCGUCAACACUCAGAUUCAGAAGUGGCUUGUCUUGCCAGAGAAGUUUACACUGAGUGGAGAACUUUCAUAGAAAAACACGUCAAUAGACCUUCCAUAGAAGUCCGAAGUGAUGCCAGAACUGAAUCAUUUAGGAAAAAUGCCCAGAAAUUACUCUCAGAAGCCUUGGAAUUAGAGAUGGAUCACCUACUGGUUGAAAAUAUUGAACGGGAAACGUUUCAUCUCUGCUCCCGCCUCAUUAAUGGGCCGUACCGGCGGACGGUGAGAGCCCUGGUCUUCACAUUAAAGCAUCGAGCUGAAAUCCGGGAGCAGGUGAAGAACGGCAUGCUGCCAGUCGGCACGUUUGUACAGACCCACAAAAAGUGACCUGAGGGUGGUUCCAACACUGGGCUGGGCAGAAAGGAAAAUGGGCCUCUCUCUGCCAUUCAAAGAUUCUUUUGAGUUUGGGCGACGGUUGAUGCUGGCUGUGCUAAAUUUUCCCAUGGUGCCAUUCCUUCAGACAGAGGAUGCAGAGCCCUGGAGACAGGCCUGCAGGAAAUGCUUCAUUAGCUGGAGUGCGCUGGGGCUGCCUAACAGGAUGAGCGCUCGCUGUCACUGGGAAGCGCAGUACGGUUGCCGUCACCCAACACAGUGAAAGGGUGACGGAUUUCACUGUGAGCAUGCCAAGGACACCUCUAAACUUCCCCCGCGUCAGGCAGGUGAAGUUACUGCUUUAUUUCACCACCCUGCAGGUAACUGAGACUCAAUUACCGCGGCUGCUCACUCGGUUCCGUCCCCCCGAGUUUAGAUAGCUCCAGCGCCUCUCAGAACUCCCCGUCUGUUCUCUUUGCUCUGCCCCAGGGGUGAGCCUGCUGGAGCCGCCCGCUACCCCUUCUUUCCAGGACCGACUUAUCUCAACAUUUCAGCUCUCCCUGGAAGACCUUCCACGCAUUGGUCUCCAGAGCCCCCCUGCUGGGGUUUCUAAUGAGGAGCUGGCCUGAAGCAUGCCCACUCCUUAGAGUUUAUUUGAAUAUGCUGGCUGCCUCGGUUUAGGGCUCUGUAGAAGACACAUAAUGAAAUUGCUCUUGAAAUGAAUUACUGUAAGAGGAAAAACUAUAUACAUAUGUUUUUUAAAACAAAAUACCUGUAUAUAGGCUUGCUUAAACAAUUAUGGAAAUGAUACUUGCUUUUUUAAAAAAUAAUAAUAAACUGGGACUUUUUUCCCCUAAAACCAAAGGUAUGGCUUUUUCAUUGAAAAAUGUUUUGAUUUGAGAAAGAAUAUAGGUGGUGAAAAUAAAGAAUGAUUAGACAGGAAUUUAGGGAGAUAGAAUGAGACCCAAAAAAGACUUUUUAGGUUAGGGGAGACUGGAGCAUGUUUGUAAUCUGAAAAGAAGGAGCCGGUAGAAAGGAAGAAGUUUGGGGAAUUCACUGGUGGUCCAGUGGUUAGGACUCUGCUUCCAUUGCACGGGUCCCGGAUUCCCUGGUCAGGGAACUAUAAGGUCCUGCAAGCCUUGGGGCUUGGGCCAAAAAAAAAGAUUUAAAAUCCAGAAAAGAGAUAGAUUAAAAAAGCAAGGACACCCUCUUUCUCUCUCUCUCUCUCAUACAAUUUUUUUCUGAUAUUCUUGAUAGUAAGGUGCAUACAUCGAAGAUCUUUAUCACAAAUGACCAGUAAACAAUAAAUGAUGCUGAAC